ACCAUGGCUGUGCGGAGGGGAGACUCCUCCCUUUGGAAGUACGGCUGGGGAGUUUUGAUGGUUUUAUGCAGAACUGCAAUGGCCAGAUCGAUAGUUUUAGACCCGAUAUAUUGGAAUUCCUCCAACCCCAAAUUCCUUCCUGGACAAGGAUUGGUACUAUACCCACAAAUAGGAGACAAACUGGAUAUUAUAUGCCCAAAAGUGGACUCUAAAACCGUUGGCCAGUAUGAGUAUUAUAAGGUCUACAUGGUUGAUAAAGACCAAGCAGAUAGCUGUACUAUUAAAAAGGACAACACACCUCUACUUAACUGUGCCAAGCCAGAUCAAGAUGUUAAAUUUACCAUCAAGUUUCAAGAGUUCAGCCCUAACCUCUGGGGCCUGGAAUUUCAGAGGAAAAAAGAUUAUUACAUUAUAUCAACAUCAAAUGGGUCAUUAGAGGGCCUGGAUAACCAGGAGGGAGGGGUGUGCCAGACAAAAGCCAUGAAGAUCCUCAUGAAAGUUGGACAAGAUCCCAAUUCUGCUGGAUCAUCCCGUAAUACUGAUCCAACUAAACGUCCUGAACAAGAAGCUGGUACCAAUGGAAAAAGCUCCACAACGAGUCCAUUUGUAAAGGAUAAUUCAGGAUCCAGUACAGAUGGCAGCAAGGCUGGACAUUCCAGUAUACUUGGUUCAGAGGUGGCCUUAUUUGCAGGGAUUGCAUCAGGGUGCAUCAUUUUCAUCGUCAUCAUCAUCACUUUGGUGGUUCUUUUAUUGAAGUACCGGAGAAGACACAGGAAGCAUUCACCCCAGCACACUACAACUCUGUCACUUAGUACGUUAGCCACCCCAAAACGUAGUGGCAACAACAAUGGGUCUGAGCCAAGUGACAUUAUCAUUCCUCUAAGGACUGCAGACAGUGUUUUUUGCCCUCACUAUGAAAAGGUCAGUGGAGACUAUGGACAUCCAGUGUAUAUAGUUCAAGAGAUGCCUCCUCAGAGUCCAGCAAACAUUUAUUACAAAGUCUGACAAACUGUGGUACCUUUGAGUUACAGAGGAAACUUACUGGUCAGAUGCUUUCUGUUGGGGUUUAUGAUGACCCCCUUGUGCACUAGUAUUGACUCAGGCACGAGGGGAAAAGGCAACACCCUUUUCUCAGAGAGCCUUCUUGAGCUGGACAGCUUAUCUAGUCUGUAGAAUUCCUGUCUCAGUGAACAAACAUUCACUAAAAGCUGGAAGACUUUCCGUAGAAGAUACCCAUUCUCUGAUUGCUGUAUUCUUGUUACAUUCAUCAUCCUCGAAGCCAUGUGCUGCAGGCAUCCAGGCACGUACAAAAGCCAAGGGAAGAUGGAGUGAUUUGUGGACGUUUAAUAGUUCUAGGCAUCCUGGCAAGGUGCUCUAGGAUAUCAGGCUUGAAAUGCAAUCUUACAACUUUUUGUGUCUCUCUCUCUCAGUGCAGACUGGAUUUGUCACACAGACCUCGGCAUCUAAGUAAGACUUUUAAAUUCUCUUGCUUUUAGUCCGUCACUGUUACAUUUAUUUCUGUUAUCCAGGGUUCUGCCAUCCUUCACAUAAGAUUUCCAUUCACUCCACCUCCUGCAUCACUAAUGGAACAUUAACAUUUGGAGUGCCAUGCUCCAUGCAUCUGCUACAGCAGCCUCUCUCGAAUGGGUAAUACAUUUAUAGAAACUGUGUUUGCUAAUAAGGAGCUUUCCAGCCAAAAGUUAGGCUGUCAGUGAAGUCAAGACCAGGAUUGGACAGUGGCAGGGAAGGGCUGACUGCAAUUGCAGUUGAAUGCUGCUGCCUCUGAAAUAGAAGCCCGAAAGAAACAUAAUUUAGGUAGCACAGCACUUUGGUGUGCUAAGUUUUAAGAGGCAGGUAGGAGACACAACAUGCACAGUGGAUUAGGGCUGCACUUGAAGGAGUUCACAGUUAUCGAAUAGCAAUGUGCAGAAAAAAAUAGUACCUUCAAUACAGUAGGACAAAGGGGUAUUGUUAGUAAAUGAAGAGGCCUGGAGGACAAGACAAUAGUAGGCCGCUGAUGAUGUAUUAGGGCAGAACUGUUGUGGUACUGGCAAUAAGAUAUACAGCUUGGACGCUGUCGCAAAAUCAUAGUCUGCUUUGGAUGACUUUUAAGCAGACUCAGCUGCUAUACUUAUCACAUUUUACUAAACACAGGGAAAGCAUUUAAGAAAAUAGCGGAGAGCCAAAUCUGACCGAGAUGAUUAUAAGCCAAAGGGUCAAAAGAGCAGUAAUUCCAUCACCAGUGGAGUUAUUAAAUACAUUCUCAGCUCUCCAAAUAGAACAGGAUUUUGUUUCUGAUUGAGCCUUUUGACUCUUUGGUUUAUGGUAGGGCUGUCCCUGCACAGUGCAGUGUAGGUACGGUGACUGACACAGCAGUUCAUUGGUGCUCUGUUUCAAAGUUAAAGCACAUAUGGAAAACCUCUUACCAUAAGGAUAAAGUAAAUUAUGACACUGAGAGGGAGAAGGAUGAUAUGACUUAUUUAUAAUAGGUGUAUAGAACACAAGGAAUAUAAAGUGAAAGAUUGUUUUUCUAAUAUAUAUUUUGAGAUUGCACAGAAUCUACACCAGAAGAUGUGAAAUUAAUUUGUGGCAAUUAAAUGGUCUUAAUUUCUCAGCGUUACAAAAUAAAAAUAACAAUUGGAUGACUGCUUGUGGGAAAAAAAAAUUUCAUUCCAAAAAUAACAAUAAUGAGCGCAAAAACAAAAAUAACAAAGCCCUGUAAAGGCGUCUCAUAUAACCAUAGACUAGGAAACACAAGCCCAGAAAUCCAGGAAAUCAAUGUUACUGAAUCAUAUAUUUUACAAUGACAAGAUGUUCCGGCAUUUAUUUUCUGUGUUGUGUUUUCCCUUGCCUUAUGGACUGAAGUGUUCUGUAGAUUUCAGCAGGUGACACAGAUGGGGAGUUUCAGGUUAAAGUUUUUCUGCUUUAGCAUGUUUUUUCCCCCACAUUCCCCACGCUGAACAACAACAACGAAAAGAAUCCUACUUUUUAUGUGCUAUGCAAAAUAGACAUCUUUAACGUGGUCAUGUUACUAUGGUAACACUUUGCUUUCAGAAUCGGAAAGAAAAUGUAGCAACAGCAUUUUAAGGUUCUCAAACCUCCAGCGAGCACCUGCAAAAAAAUGAACUGUCAUAGAAAUGAUUACUCUCUCUAUUUCCUGAACCUGAAAAUGAUGUUGGUCAAAAAGGAGAGGAAAAAAGAAAAGAAAAAAAAAGCCUGGUUCUGUGGAAGGUUACCAUGGUGACUACAGUACUAUGUAAUUUUUUGCAACAACUCCUCCUUUCUGUGAAUCCAUCCAUACAAGAUUUUCUUGUAAGUCAUUAAGAUUUUAUUUUGAAGGAGAGGGAGAAAGGGGAAAAGGAAAAAGGCAUAGUGAAUCUGAUUUUAAUUAAAUCAAGUGUAUGUUUCAUCAGUUGGCUACAUUCUGGUUAUGUACUAAACUGUGAAAAAAAAUCAGAUGAAUUGAUGAAGAGCAACCUGCAACUAAUUGAAAAAAUGUACUGUGCUUCUGUUUUGUGUUUGGUGCAGCAUUAUGACAAUCUACCAACUGUUCCUUUAUUUGACGUUGGUUCAGCUUUGAAAAGUUACUGUAAAUGCCUUGCUUGUAUUAUCAUCCCUAGUCACUCGACUUGGAAUUUGCACCAUCAUGUCUAAGUGAAGAUGCUGUAAAUAGGUUCAGAUUUACUGUAUAUGGAUUUGGGGUGUUACAGUAGCCUUAUUCACCUUUUUAAAUAAAAAAAGAUACACACGAAAACAAGAUAGAAAUGGCUUUUCUUAACCAGAUUGUGUAUAUAGAGCAACGUUGGUUUUUUAUAAAGUCUAAGCAAGAUGUUUUGUAUAAAAUUUGAAUUUUGCAAUGUAUUUAGCUACAGCUUGUUUAAAGGCAGUGUCAUUCCCCUUUGCACUGUAUUGAGAAAAAAAUGGAUAAAAGGUUGCCAAAUUGCUGCAUAUUUGUGCUGUAAGUGUGUACCAUGAAUAUUUAUUUAAGAAUUUCUUUGUCCAGUUUGUAAGUAACACAGUAUUAUGCUUGAGUUAUAAAUAAUUUUCUUUCUUUCUUUUUUCUUUUUUUAACUAGCCUGUCAUAGGUUUGAAAUCUGUUUUAAUUCCACAUUGCAAUUAGCCCCCAGAAAAUGAAAAAUUACGAAAAUCACA